UAAUUUCCACUUUUUGACAGCGAAUGGGAAAGUACACUUUUUACGUUGGAUGUGUAAUGCAAAAGUUUAAAGAUAUUUUCAAGAAAUUUUGUAUAAAGUUAAUAGCAUUUAUUGGUAUAGCAUUAUAUACUUUAAGAGGAUAGAAUCUUAAUACAUAGAAGAGUUACUAGUGCAUCUAUAGAAAUGGAGAGACAGGAUGAGACCAGUUUUUGUGAGAGGUUUCAAGAUGCAUGUCCUGAGAAAGUUUCCCAGCUGAGACAUUCAAUACGACAAGAUGUCAAACAGACAGAUGGAGAAAUCGUCAAUCUAAAAACAUACAACAGAUUCCUGACUGCAUUUAUACAAAUGAUAAAAUUGCCAGUGGAGUUUGUACACAUGUUUAAAGAUAAAUAUGUUGACAUUGAUAUGCAAGAUGAUCUUGAGAGAACGGAAAUCAUCAAUUGGUGUAGGACAACAAAACCUGUGCUGGCUUUACGGACUACAGCUGACGGGAAUUGCUUAUUACACGCAAUUUCUCAAGGACUCUGGGGCAUAGAAGAUACAGAGUUAUUCCUUAGAAGACUGUUAUAUGUGAACUUGGCUACAGAUACAAAAGGUUCUCUGAGAAGAAGGUGGAUGUUUCACCACAAAAACUCGUCAGAUUUAAACAGAGUAGAUGUUAGACUCAAUACUGUUGAAUGCAGUGAAGAGUGGGAUUCUGUCAUCAAGGCAACAGACGAUCUUGGUCAGGAACAAAAUCAUGGAUUACCAUAUACAUCACUUGAAUCUAUCCAUCUGUAUGUGCUAGCAAACAUAUUGCGCAGACCUAUCAUAGUGCUUGCUGAUACAAUGGCUAGAACUGUGUAUGGGGAAACAAUUCAAGACAGUCAGAUUAACGGUAUUUACCUCCCCUUAGAGUGGCCAGCUGAACAAUGUGAUAAAAACCCUUUAAUUUUAGGAUACAACAUGAACCAUUUUGCUCCUUUGCUUUUCGAAGAUGAGGUCGCUCAAAAUCAGGGUGAUGCUGCAAUAAGGGCCAUACCAUUAGUGACAAAGGAUAUGGACUCAAUACCUGCAAGGUAUUUGAUGCCCAAUGAAGAAGCAAACUAUAUUAAUAUUUUACGGGACUAUGUUAACACAACUGAAGUUUUUCACGGAAUCACAAGUAUACCUGCUGCUAAAGUGAAUCUUGUUCCACUAAAUCAUACUGUAAAUGUAGUAGAUGCUUGUCGAAAAGAUUGCGAGAAGAAAUUUAGACGUUUAUUGGGCCCAGAAUCUCAGCAGGCUGCUGUGCCCCCAUUUAAUUUUCAAACAGAACUCAGAGAACCUAAGUCUCCACGAAGAGAGUUCGCUGAGCAUCAAAAUAAAAAACGUAAAGAGUGUGCAACAAUAGGCUGUAAGCAUUUCGCUAAUCCAGAGACACAGAAUCUCUGCUCAAAAUGUUUUAAUGAUUUCACCAUACAAUAUGCUAGGCAGGAAGAGGUUGCACGUAAGAUGACUGCUGAGCAACAAAACAGACUGUCAAGGAAAGCCCCAAUUCGUCAGACACAGGUACCAGGUCCCGUGCCAGUAAGACAGGGCUCUAGGCCGGAGGAUUUUCAUGAUUUGUCAAUGAUGGGAGAAGAUUGCCAUGCAGGCUGCGGGUUUAAAUGUUCUACAGAGACAUAUCCAUACUGCCAUGAAUGUCACCCAAAGUUUGUUGGUACAGCAACAGCAACUCAUAAGCCUCAACAUACUGUACCACCAAAACAACCUAUGCAACAGGAUUUUUCGAUCAUGCCAGAAGACUGUCAUAACCCAUCAUGUUCAUACAGAUGCUCUAAAGCCACAUAUCCCUACUGUCACAACUGUUAUCCUAUCUUUAUUGGAUCUGCACAUGCCUCACCAAGCGCACCUCCUCCUUCCUUUCAUGAAACAACAGGUGUAAACCCUACUCAAGAGCAGGUACAAGAUGUACAAAUGGGAAUUCAGUCAAGUGAUGAAACUGCAGUUGUAUCUGGAAAUAGAAUGCCUCUGGUUGGUAAUAAGAAACCUGUUCAUAUUCCAGUCACACCGUAUGUUGGGUUAGAAAGGCAAACUGAACCAAUGGAUGUCCAGAGUGGGUCUGGUGCACUUGAUAAAAAAUGUGUAACAGUUAAUUGUAAUGAAAAUGCUGUAAGGGGUAACAAUGGUUAUUGCGAAACCUGCUACCAAGUAACCAUGUUUGGAGCUGGGACUUCUCCAGCAGUAACUUGUUGUAAAACGCCUGGUUGUAAUGAAAACAUAACAGUACCUGAGGCAACACAAUGUGUUUCAUGUUUUCUGAAAGGAGACAGUAGUAGAUGCAAGUCACUUACUGGUUCUGGCACACAGGCUGUUGGAAUGAAUAUUGCUCCAACUUUAGAGGAGAAGAUUUUAAAUGAAAGACCUGGAGAGAAGAAUCAUGUAUUUUCGUUAUCUGGUGCAUCAAUGCGAUCAGUGCCCAUGGAGCAUGAUGAAACUGCUGCUCAUGUUAUAGCUCCAGUCAUAACGAAGCUUCAGGCAGAACAAGAGGAGAAAUAUCAAGUAGAACAACCAAGAAAAUAUAUUUGUGCAGCAGCCGGCUGUGAUGGUAUACGUAUAGACAAUGAACAGGGACUCUGCUAUACAUGUAUGAAAAACUACCCUGGUGGUGAAACAGCUGAAACUCAGCCGCCAUCUGGUAGUAAUCUUAAUGAAUCUCAGGCCUACCCCUCUUGUAGUCCUAUCGCUCCAACAAAAGAAGAGAUGAAAAAGUUGAAUCCAGUGGUUGUUAGUUCAAGAGAUAAAAUAAAAUGUGCAUCGCCUUCUUGUAGCACGUUGAUUUACCCGCCCAAAAAACUAUGUGAUGAGUGUAGUGCUGUUCUGCAACGAUUUCAGGCUAAAAAGACCAAGGAAGAUAACAGAAAAUCAGUUGGAGGAGCAGGUACACAAUGUCAAACAUUAGGUUGUACUUUCUUUGGGUCACCAGAAUCUAAUGGAUUUUGUUCUUCAUGCUUUAAAGCACAAGUACCAGCACGGCAUACAGCACCCUUGAUCAGUAAAUCACGUGCGUCUACAAACACAGCACCAAUAAUUCCUGUAGGUCAACAAGUGCAGUCAAGACAGACAGUACCCCUUGUAGCACGUAAAGCUAAACUCUGUAUAGAGAAAGACUGCACGAGAUACGGGGACCCUAGCCAACUUGAUAGAUGUUCUUAUCACUAUGAACAAGCCACUACACAAUAUGUCCCGCUGUCUCCAGCAUCGUUAGAACAACAGCGACAGAUUCUGGUUGGUCAACAUCAACAACAGGUUCGGCUACCUAUUCAAAGCAGGAUUACUUACGCAAAUCCGUCUGAAACUGGUAGAGAUAAAAGAAAUCAUAGACCAGAAGUGGUUCCAGCUGAACUUCAUGGUGGAGCUACAGUUAAUGAGCAUGCUAUAAAUGGAGAUGACCAGUUUGGAAUUUCCUACAAUAGAUUGAUUGAUAGUAAGAAAAUUAAGUCGUAUUGUAAAAAUAAUAAUAAAACUGGCUGUACAAAUUAUGGAAAUUCAGCCAAGGGUGGGUUAUGUAAUACCUGUUAUUCUAGACAACAGGGUAUGUCUGCUAGAUAAUUAGUAUUGCUAACCAGUCUGUAAAUUUGAAUUAAUGAUAAUUUAUAUAAUUGAUUAUUUCAGUGUAUCAAGGACAGUUGAUAUAAUAAUAAAACUAUGACAUUUAUAUAUAUAAGAAAAUAACACUUAUAGAAAAGUGAAAUUGAUGUUUAUAGGUACAAUGUAUUAAUAUCCAGAUUUUGUGUUUUUUGUUUGUUAUCAGGCUAUGUACAUACCUUGAAAUAAUUGCACCUUAUUCUAAGUACUUUAUAAACUCACUAAUUUUACAAAGUUCUUUAACAUGAAACUAAUGUAAUGAAUUCUUUAUUAAUAGGUUUUUGUGUAAAUAAAGAUCACUUUGCAGUUGCAACAUUGUUAGGGAUGUUGCCUCCAUUGUAUGCUGAAACAAAAUAUGAAUAAUCUUUUUUUGUUUUGUUUUUGGUUUUUUUGUUUUUUUUGGUUGUUUUGUUUUGUUGUUGUUUUUGUUUGUUUUGUUAUUUUUAUGGUGGAGGGAGGGGGGGGGAUCAAAUUUAAAUGGGAAAUUUUCAUUUGUGUUUCAGCUUGAGCAUACAUAAAUGUCUUCUUUAGUAUUAUAUUAUGUUAAUGAGGUAACAUUUUAGUUUAAUUGUUUAACAUUAAAGGUACAGUGUCACAUGUUAAGAUUAUCUGCUAUUUAUCAAGGAUUCAAAUAAAGAGAUUUUUUAUUUGUAUGAAAAGAAUCAUUUGUUUAUAGCUAGGACUUGUUAGAAGACAAUUUUUCUGGUCAUUGUUUUAGCUGUUCAAUGCAAACUCAAGUUGAAUACAUAACAUUUAAAGACCGUAAUUUAGUAAUCAAUGCUGUAAUGUAAUACAAUCAAAAUACAUGUGUAGUACAGACCGGUUUAUGUUAUGUAUAUUAUUAGAUGUUGUAACUUGUGUGUCUAUAUACUUAUCUACAAGUGAAAUAUGAUCUGUUAUGUUAAAAUGUUAUUAUUUUUCAUUUGAUUAUGGCUAAUAAAGUACCCAGCAGUUAUAUUGACAUAAAAUCUAUUACAAUUGUUCUCGAUAGUGGAUGUCAUGAUUUUGUAAAUAAAUUCCUUAACCUUUUACCCCAUGAGCAUACAUGUAUUGUGAAAAAUGGCCGUUUUCAUUGAAAAGGUUCCUGUUACAAGUUCAAACUGCUAUGAAACUAUGAAAAAUGCUUCAAUACUGAUGAACUUUGGCACAAAUGUUGACUGGACCAUAUGCUCUGUAACAGCAUGCUCAGUCGUAGAUAUCCUGUUGCCAUGGCAUUAGGGGGACAUCUCAAAAUUUCGAAAAAUCACUAUUUUGCAUUGUUUUUUUCCAUCAAAACUCAUUUGAAAGUGCUGCAACAUCUCAAUGAAUUGAGAUAGAGUAAAAGGUCUAUUUUUGGCCUGUCACAUGUCCAAAAUUUUCUUGACGAUGAGGGGGACUACCGCCCCCCUUCAAACCCCCCAAAACAGAAGGGGGCACAUCCCUCUUCUGGCAACCCCUGACGUACCAUUUUUUCACUGUUUGAGGCUCAAGGGGGGGGGCAAAAAGCCGUCAAAACAUGUCUAUAUAAAGGAAAAGGUUAAAUAUUUUAUGUAAGAUAUGAAAACUUAUAUAUGUAGGCUUUUUCUUGUAAAGUUUGUAGUAAGUGUCCUAUUAAGUUGAAGUCUGUGAUAUAUAUAUAUAAUAUUAAUAAUGAUAAAUAUACAUGUAUGUACAUACUGGUAGUUGAUGGUGUUAAGUUUGUGAAAAUUUAAAGUUUGAUUGCCUCUUGAUUUUAGUUCAGAUGUGAAAUACUGUCUACUUUUCAAAGGACACUUUAAUUUUGCUUUUGUGGUUAUAUUUGAUUAGAUACAGCUUAGAUGCUGUGAAAAAAAAUCACAUUGAACCUGAUGUUUAUACAUUUAACUUGAUUCUUUUACAACAAAUUCAAGGUUUGACUUGUUCCUUUUUCUAGGUCAAUUUAAUAUUAUUUUUGUAAUUUCAAUAUUUGAAAGUUUUGUUUGUUUGUUUGGUUUUUUUUAAUAUGCAGAAUGUCAUACAUAGUUUAAUUCUUUUGUCCAUAAAAUUUUGAGUGUGCUUGUCAUAAAUGCCUUUUAUAUAUAUAUAUUUUUUUUUUUUUUUGCUUUAUUAAGAAUUGUUUACACAUGUAUGCCAUAUUUUAGUCACACAAUAUUUUACGAAUGAAGAAUUUUCAUGAAACUUUGGUAAAAUGUUUGUCUCCCUGAAACAGUGUACAUUAUUUUCAACUUGGUUUCACAUGCCAAGGUCACAGCUCAAGGCCAAAGGUUAACAUCAGCAUUUUGUGUCAGAUCUCUAUCUUUUGAACCCCUUGAAAAAUAUUCGUAAUAUUUUGGUCAGCUAAAGGUAAAAGGUUUGAACAAGUAAUUUGAUAACCUAUUAUCCUCACUGAAUCUUUUGAAGAAUAUUAAUGUCACUUUGGUCAAAUGGAAAUAUAAACAAGGUUGAAAAUCCACAUGUAAGACAUGCCAGUUCAAGGUCAAAUGUUUAAACCAGCAAAACAGUAAAUCAUUCCAAAGGAUUUUGAAGACGCUUGCAUGUUAAUCUUUUUAAAACCUCCUUCACCCCUUUGCUUGAUAGAUAUUGAUAUUAUAUAAGAAAUCUGACAAAACUACAUGCAGAAACUAUAUUGUUUAGAUUCCAUGCUUCGAGGUCAAGGUCACAGAUACCAGCACAUUGGGCCAUCUUGUUUGAUCCGUGUUUUACAUUGAUUAUAAUGUAAACUGCUAGACUAAAUGUGUUUUAAUCAGAUAUAAUUUCCUUUUAAUUUUAUUUUAUUAAUAUGUAUAUUCUACAAGCAGUGAGUUGAUAUGUUAAUAAUGGUAUUGCAUUAACUCAUUCAACCCUGUACACUGUCUACCACUUAAUCCUUUUCACAUUAUAACAAUCUUAUUUGAUUUGUUGAAGGCAAAGAACAAGAUGAACAACUUCCACAAUCUUAUAUUGAACAUAAUACAUGUAUAUAUAACAUUAACUGCUAUUAGAAAAGGUGUAUGUAUAUAGGUGUUGCAGGUACAAAAACAUCAAGAUGGGUGUAUACUUUUUUUUUACAUAAUAUAAAUACAUAUAUUUCUGUUUUCACUGACUUUGUAUGUAAAUAUUUUAAAAGUAUAGUUAGUAUGAUGAUAAACAUUCCUCUGGUCAUGUCAAACAUUAACGUUAAUUUGAGUCUGGCUGUGGAUUAAACUAUGAUACCUUGUCAUGUAUUUUGUGAUUAUUUAUGUAAUAUGAUAAAAAUUACCAUUCAUUGUGAAGAAAGAGACAUAAAUAAAAAGAACUUUUUAUUUA